AUGGAAUCGAUACAAGAUGGUAUCAACGGCAUCUUACGACCGAUAAUCCAAGCAGAUAUGGAAACUAUAUGCCAAAUAGAAUUAGAAUGCUUUCCUAUAGAGGAGGCUGCUACCCCAGCACAACUUAUGGAUCGAUUUAAUGUGGCAAGUGAUUUAUUUCUAGGAUACGAAAUCAAUGGCAAAAUCGUUGCUUUCAUUUGUGGUACGCGAAGCAACGAUAAUUUAUUAACUUUUCAGUCCAUGUAUGAGCAUGCAGCAAAUGGUAAAACAUUAUGCAUUCAUGCUUUAUGUGUUACGAGCAAUUUCCGACGACAGGGUAUCGCCUCUAUAUUGCUCAAACAUUAUAUAGAAUACAUUAAGCAAGCUAUUCCAUCGAUAUCGGUGAUCAAUCUGAUUGCUCACGAUUAUUUAAUACCAUUUUAUGAGAAAGCAGGAUUUCAAUGCCUUGGUUUAUCCUCCGUAGUCCAAGGCAAAUUUUCAUGGUACAAUUGCCAGAUGAUCUUAUAA